CGGUAGUCUUUGCCGCGUUGUCGUUGUUUUUGGUUGGCUUCUGUACUCAUCGUGAAAGCUUCGCAGCGGAAGAAAAAAAGGGGAAAAACAAAAUUAAAGCGAGUGUAUAUAUUCUGAACGAAUACUAAGAUAUCACGCACAAUUUCGCAGUGAUUUUGAGGAACUUGGGGCGAACGUCGUCGUAGACUGGAUAUUUCAUUCUAAGUGCCAUAAAAUAGUAGUCUAUUUCGUCUUAGAACCUGUGAAACACGUCUGGAAAUUGAAACAUUCGUCACCUCGAUGCUUUUCCCGCAGCAAUGUGAUUUCCUGCCGCCUGUUUAGUUGAAAAACAGCACGUACUAAGAGAGGAUGAUGAUUUGCAUUUAAGUGGGUCGCCAUUUUCUUUAAGUUUUCCGUUUAACCAACAUUUAUAAAGAGCAACACACAAAACAAUGGAUGAUGAUCAACAGUUCUGUCUACGAUGGAACAAUCACCAGAGCACACUUAUCUCCGUGUUUGAUACACUUUUGGAGAAUGGAACGUUGGUGGAUUGCACAUUGGCGGCCGAAGGAAAAUUCCUUAAGGCACACAAAGUUGUUCUCUCAGCGUGUAGUCCGUAUUUUGCGGCACUACUCUCGCAACAAUACGAUAAACAUCCCAUCUUCAUACUCAAAGAUGUGAAAUUCCAAGAGCUUCGUGCCAUGAUGGACUAUAUGUAUCGUGGCGAAGUGAACAUCUCACAAGAUCAGCUGGCUGCACUAUUGAAGGCAGCAGAGUCUCUACAAAUCAAAGGUCUGUCCGACAACCGGGGCUCUUCCUCAAAUGCACCAUCGCAGUUAAAACAGCAGCAGCCGAGUGAGACCUCCACAACAAAAACGCUACCGCCGCCCGUACCUGCAAAUAAGGCACCUUUAACAAUCGAAAAUAAGAAGCCUUUGAAAGCGGAAUUAGGCGAUUCGGAUGUAUCCGGUUCGCGAGAAGGCUCCACUAGUCCCACAUUACGGAAGCGUAAGAAAAUUCGGCGAAGGAGCGUUGACACUAACAACCUAAUAGAUAAUCAUGACCAGCAUUCAAAUUCCUCAUCACAUUCAAUGCACACAUUGCAACCACAAGCACUAGCAUUGACGUCAUCGUCGAUUGUAGCCAGCGUACCCGCGGCUAAUUCUACCUCCCUAUCGUCAUCAACCACAUCACCCUCAAACAACAGCACGAACGUGUUGGUCAUGUCUGCCGCAGCGGCUGCUGCAGCUGCUGCCGCUGCUGCUCUCAAAAAGACUGAACCCGUUCAACAACAGCAACAACAACAGCAACAAGUUGCUGAAGCAUCGAAAUUGCAAUUAGUGGCGAAGCAUCAAAGUCAGCAACAACAACAGUCGCAACAGCAGCAACAACAACAGCAGCAGGCACAGCAUACGGAUGACGAAGAACGAAGUGGAACUGAACAGGGUGAUGGCCAAUGCGAUCGAGACAGUGACAACGAUAUAGAUGAACCUCAGAGCAAACGCCAAGCACAGGGAACGGGUUCGAUUGAUAGUCAAGACAGUAAAUCAAUCAACCAAUCCGAGCUGAUGAUCGAACCAAAAAAUGAAUAUGAUGACGGUCAGGAUGAAAAUGUGGAAGAUUUAACGCUGGACGAGGAGGAAUUGUUGGAUGAUUUGGAUCAGGCAGGGCCAAGUCACGGAGGAGAAGGAUCUAGUCAAGGUUAUGCUCAGUGGCAAAUGGAACGAGAACAAAGUGAGGCGUUCAUGGCUGCUCAAGACGCUGUUGGUGGACAACAUCGAGACGCACAAGACAAACGAGCGUUGAAGUCGUCACCGGCGGUGAGCCCAGCGAAAAAGAUUAAAAAAAUCACCUCCGACGUAGCAACUACAGAACAGCAACAGGUUGCACAGAUAACCCAGUCUACUCCAGUUAUUUUGAACGAUCUAAACGAUUGUUUGCUGGAGAGUAAAAAUAUCGUGGUUUCGAAGAAGGAUAACAAGUACAUAUUGUUUACGACUGCAGCAGUUUCGCAUCAGCAAGUUCAACAGCUUCAACCGGCGUCGGUCCAGCUACAAACCGCUCAAUUACAGCCCAGUGCAGUACAAACAACAGUGCAGACGCUUCAUCCCGUACAGACGGCGACGGUAAUUGACACGGUGCGCAUCGAAGAACUUCUGAAGAAGGAUAAAAUUAUGAAAAAGACAGAACUACAAGGAGAUGGCACGACUACCACUACCUACAUCUUCGACGAGUGCGAUAUUUUGCCAGUUAAAACCGCCCAUAAAGAGAUGAUCGCAAAUUCAGCAGCUGCAGUUUCAGCGACGGUGGAAACACAGUCUACGAUGAAACCCACCACUAUCUCGAUAGUGAAGCUAGAUGGUAAUGAUGUUGUUACAACUACGGGAACGGCAGUUAUUCCGAUGGCAACUGCACUCGUUCCAGCUGCAUCCAGUGUCAGUGCCAUCAGCAGUGGUAGCAAUAGUGCAUUAAUAAAUGCCAACACAAACUCUGCUAAUCAAUGCCAAAUAACUUCCGCGAAAAAGCUUCUAAAACCAACCCAUCCACGGAUUAAGUAUUCUAAGCAUAAGAAUCCUUCGGUACAAUCAGUAACAACUACUUUGCCUAUUCUAACGAUUCCAACGAUUACUAACAGCCACCAUCAGAUCAGUAUGCCCAUUCAGGAGACACCCGCUGGAACCACUACGAAGAUUGAACUGCUGAAUUUCUCUCUCUCGCGAAAAUUCCCCGGCCAAGGAACGAAAACCAUUGACGUGAGCAACAUCCAACACAUACCAAUUUCGGCCAUAUCAAAACCCCUUCCGGCACGGUUCACGGUCAACGAGUACGAAACAUCCACAUCGAACACCACCCAAAGUAACGAUUUUACCACUGGCAUGAUUGAUGAUCUGGACUACUCGGUGAUUGACGACAUUGAGCUACCGGAUGAUGUGCAGGUGAACUUCUCCGAUUCUUACUCGGCGAAGGACUCCCAAGGAGGCGAUAUGGAUGAGGAGGGGAUCGAGGAUUCACAGGAUAUCAGCACGGCUGCAAAGUCGUUGCCGACGAGGAAAGUUGUGAAGUCCGAGGCGAAAAUCCUCAACACUUCAAUGGAUGACAAGUAUGCGCUGUUGGCAAACACGAGUAUUAUGAAAAACUUUGAGUACACCGUCAAUGAAUCAAUAGCGAGUGAUAAUGAUGAAAAUGAGAUGCGCCAGUACAUUUGUCGACACUGUGGUAAACGAUACCGUUGGAAAUCGACACUGCGUCGGCAUGAAAACGUCGAGUGCGGAGGCAAAGAGGCGAUGCACCAGUGUCCCUACUGUACGUAUAAGGCGAAGCAGCGUGGCAAUCUCGGGGUUCACAUCCGCAAGCAUCACGCGGAUAUGCCUCAGCUCGAGAGUCGUCGUAAAUCGAAAAAUCGAGAUAAUAUGCAUUUAAUUGAAAGCGUUAAACCAGAAUCGAUGGAAAUCGGCGGUCAAAUGCAGCUGUAAACCAUGAAGAAAACGUAUAUAUAUGUAUUGUUUCAUGUGAAAGGAGAAUAGUUUUUUUUCUAGAGCUACUCUGCAACAUAGUACUGCACCCGGAUUCGAAUGAUUAAUAUUUGGUAAUCCAAAGUGUAUGUAGAUUCGUGAAGAACACAUUGUGAAGUUUUGAUUCCAUCAUAUUUAUGUCAUGAGUUUUUGUGUGUAUUCUCCUGUGCACAACACGAUAGAGAUUGUGUUUUCUUGCGUCAACAUAACAGUUAAUUAUUACACAUACUUCACAAAGCUAACAAAAGAGAGGUGAAUCUACAAAAAAAACAACAUAUGAUAAACAAACACAGUGAUUUAAGAUGAUUUAGAAAUAGCGUUGCAACAACAACUAUUACAAAGCAAGCAAAAUUGAAGCCAAAUCCCCCUUUGCUAAGCGUUUACUGCACCGAACGCCAUUCGUUCAAGCAAGAACAUCUUUAGAGUUAAGCAUUUGUUUGUAGCUUUUCGUAGUAUGUAUGCUCAUAAGUUUAGCCGAGUUUUAAUUGUAAGAGCUAUCUUCAUUUUACAGUUAAAAAUUAAGGUGCACACUGUGUGUAUGCUGCUACUCAUUUAGAUUACUUUAGAAUGUAGCUGCUGGUCUAAUUAAAUACAUACAUACAUACAUUGAUUGCAUUUUCAAUACUUUAUCGCGUUUACCGCGCCGCCGUCAAAGUUUCUAUUGAUCUAUGGAAAGUGUGUGCAAAUUGGUAACACAUAUCGAUUUGUGAUAACUGUCGGUUUUUUUUCAUGUCGAUUACAGUAGUCAUGUGUUGAGACUUUUAAGCCCAUGCAGAACAUUGCAUAAGCACAUAAUUAAGAUAGGAAUUUAGGCCCACCUGAUUACAUUUUUCAAAAUUAUGUUAUAACACGAGAAAAAGGGAGAGAAUGGUCGGAUAAGAUUUGAUUAUGUGGAAUGUUGGAAUGAUUUUUCCCCCAAAAAAACUGGAUGCCAUCUAUAAACUGAAAACAUUUUUUCCGAAUACUUGAAGUAACGCAUAUAGUGUUUUCAUUGAAAAGUUGGGCAAAAACAUCUAAACAAGAGAGCAUAUACAAAUAAUUCGUGAAAUUUAAAGUUUAGUAAGAAGAUAAGAAUUUAUAUAUGACGACUAUAUUUAUCUAAAGAUUUAAAAUAAAUGAACAAAAAUUUAUCUGGUAAAAUUGA